AUGAAUAAGUUGGAGCCACCCAGCCUGCAGAAUCUGGCAAUAGAGAGCCUGGUGAGGAACAAGGAGUUGGCCAUCGAUGCUCUCAAGGCUCUUCCUGCAGCUUUCUUCCCACCCCUCUUCCUGGAAGCCUAUAGGCACGAAUGCCUGGAGAUCCUGAAGGCCAUGGUGCCAGCCUGGCCCUUCCCCUAUCUGCCUCUGGGUGGUCUAGAGCCUAACAUGGUACCCUGGAACCCGAGUGUGAGUGCCGUGUUGGAUGGCAUUGAUGUCCUCCUGGCCCAGAGUGUUGGCCCCAGGAGAUGUAAGCUGCAGGUCCUGGAUUUACGGAAUACUGGUCAGGAGUUCUGGACUGGGAGGACCGGAAUCAAGCUCAGUGGACACUCACCCAGAGUAGAGCCACAGACCUCUCAGUGCUCAAGGAUGAAGAAGCAAAGUCCGUUGCUGGAGAUUUUUACAAGACUUCAUGUCCAUGAUUGGUGCCCUGAUUCUUUCUCCUCCUACCUCCUGGAGUGGGUGAAGAAGAGGAAAGCUGUACAUGUGUGUUUUGUGAAAGUGACAAUUGUGUCAGUACUCUCGUCGAGCUGUAGGUUUCAGUAUGCAGAGCUGUUGUGUAUCAAGGAGUUGGAAGUCUACAACACUUGGACACUCCCUACCCUGAAAAUGUUUGCUCAUCUGAUGGGAAAGAUGAAAAAUUUGAAGAAACUCACUCUCCGCAUCCACACUCCUGCUGCAACCACCCACGAAGAGCUUGAGCUUGGAAGACGGUGUGUUUCCCAGUUCACCUCUCAGUUUCUGCACCUAAGACACCUCACAGAGUUGUAUCUUCAGUCUCCCUCAUUCCUGCAGGGCCAUCUGGAACAGCUCCUCAGGAGGCUUGUCACCCCCCUGGAGAUCUUGUCACUCACUAACUGCACAUUAACAGAAGGAGACUUGGUACAUCUGUUCCAGAGCCCACACAUAAGUCACCUGAAGGAACUGUGUCUGAGAGGAGUCCCCCUGACCUCUGUCAGUAAUCCCCUGAGAGCUCUGCUGGAGGUAAAUGCAGCCACCCUCCAGCACCUGGACCUGGGUCUGUGUGGCCUCCAGGACCCCCAGCUUGAGGCCCUGCUCCCUGCCCUGAGCAGCUGCUCCCAGCUCAACUCCCUCAGCCUGCAUGGGAACCGCCUGUCCAUGGCCACCCUGGAGAAGCUGCUGCGCUGCACCUCGGGCCUCAGAAGGUUGAGAAAAGAGAUCUAUCCGGCCCCUCUGGAAAGUUUCAGCUCCCAAGGGACUCUCCUCCCUGAAAUAUUUGAUGUGCUUUGUUCUCAAUUUUUAAGGGUCUUGAGAGAUAUAGGCUGCCCCAGGACCAUCUUGGUGAGCCCUAAACCCUGUCUUUCCGGAAUGCUGAUGUUAGGGAACUGGGUUGUGACAGUAUCCUGCAGUAACUGCCUACAUCACUCUAAGAAGCUGUCCUUUGGGCUCUCAGAAAACUGAA